AUGGGGUUCUUCUUUGGAAUGAUUAUUGGCAUUGCCAUCGGCAUCGGGUUGAUCGUGGCUUUUGCUCGGGCAGAGAGAAUCCGAUCCAAAUGCCGUUCAGAUUUGGCCAAGACAGUGGCAGCGUUUGCAAGGAUGACAGUGCAAGAUUCAAGAAAACUUCUCCCAAGCCAGUAUUAUCCAUCUUGGGUCGUCUUCACGCAGCGCCAGAAGUUGAAAAGUUCAAUUUGUUACUCUAAGGCAGCAUCAGAACUGAUAAAGAGCAAUGUGGAACCGAUACUCGAACAGUAUAGGCCCGUCAUCUUGUCGUCACUCAAAUUCUCCACCUUGACCCUUGGCACUGUCGCUCCACAGUUCACAGGAGUUACCAUGGUUGAAAGUGAAAGUGUAGCUGGGGGAGUCACUCUGGAGUUGGAGCUUCAGUGGGAUGGAAAUCCCAAUAUUGUGCUUGAUAUCAAAACCAGAGUUGGUCUUGCACUACCUGUUCAGGUGAAAAAUAUUGGAUUCACUGGGGUUUUCAGGUUAAUCUUCAAACCGCUAGUCGACGAGUUCCCUUGUUUUGGAGCUGUUUCUUAUUCCUUAAGAGAAAAGAAAAAGCUGGAUUUUGUGUUUAAAAUUUCUGGUGGUGACAUAUCAUCAAUCCCAGGCGUUUCUGAUGCUAUUGAGGAAACAAUACGAGAUGCUAUCGAAGAUUGUAUAACUUGGCCAGUACGCAAUGUUAUACCGAUAAUACCUGGAGAUUAUAGUGACUUGGAGUUGAAACCAAUUGGAACAUUAGAAGUGAAGCUUGUGGAAGCCAAGGAGUUAACAAACAAGGACCUGGUGGGAAAAUCGGACCCUUUUGCUGUGAUAUUCAUACGUCCCCUUCCUGAUAGAACCAAAACCAGCAAAGUCAUUGAUAACGAUUUAAAUCCAAUCUGGAAUGAGCACUUCGAAUUCGUAGUCGAAGAUUCAACGACUCAACACUUGACAAUAAGAAUUUUCGACCAUGAAGGACUUCAGGCUGCAGAACUCAUUGGCUGUGCUCAAAUGAAACUGAGCCAGCUUGAGCCUGGCAAAGUGAAGGAUGUGUGGUUAAAGCUGGUGAAGGAUUUGGAGGUCCAGAGGGAUACUAAAUACAGGGGCCAGGUGCACUUGGAGCUGUUGUACUGUCCUUUUGGUAUAGAUGGUAACAUUGUAAACCCAUUUGACCAUGACUUCGCGUUGACCUCUUUGGAAAAGGCUCUUAAACAUGAAAGCAAUGAGACAGACAGUUCGGAGUUGAGAAAAACCGCUGCUCAGAAGAAGAAGGAGGUCUUUGUGAGAGGAGUAUUAUCUGUAACAGUUAUAUCUGCAGAAGACUUGCCAGUUGUGGAUUUUAUGGGGAAAGCUGACCCUUUUGUUGUCAUUAUUAUGAAGAAAUCUGAAGCCAAAGCCAAGACCAGGGUUGUAACUAACAACUUGAAUCCAGUUUGGAAUCAAACUUUUGACUUCAUGGUGGAGGAUGCAUUACAUGAAAUGUUAAUGGUGGAAGUUUGGGACCAUGACACUUUUGGAAAGGAUAGAAUAGGGAGAGUGAUCAUGACACUGACCAGGGUGUUAAUGGAAGGGGAAUAUCAAGACUGUUAUGCCCUAGAUAUUGCUAAAUCAGGAAGAAUUUAUUUGAGUCUAAGGUGGGUUGCACAGCAUAAAGUCCGCGAUACGUGA